ACACGGAAUGCUAGAGUAAACAGUGCCGAACCCACCCUCACCCCCCGGGACCUGCGCGGUUCCGAUCUGCGACCCAAACGGAGCUCCGCCCCCCCCGCAGCAGAUGGUCCCGCCCGGCCGCGUCACCCAUUGUUUACAAAUCAAACGGCUUGUUUGUGUGAGCGCAGCGCAGCGGCCCGGUUCCGUCCGGUUCCACUGAUCCCGCGGAGAGAUGCCGGGUCUGCAGGAGAACUACCUGCUGCUGCAGCAGUCCGUGACCGUGGACCCCGCGGAGGUGGACGCGCUGGUCACCAAGAUCGGGGAGACGCUGCAGCUCCACGGGGCUCCGGGACACCAGAGGCCGGGCCCCGGGUCCCGCGGAGCGGCGGCGGAGAACCCCCGCAGCUGCUGCCUGAAGAUGCGGAACCAGCGGGGGGGGCACCGGACCCGCAGCCCCUACCAGCUGCCCACCAAGGCGGAGCAGGACUGGGACCGGAUCCGACCGUGGAGCCGGAAGCAGGUCCCGGUUCGGGUCCAGGAGGAAGACCCGCACCGGCUGCUGCAGGAACUGAUUCUGUCCGGGAACCUGAUCAAGGAGGCGGUUCGGAGGCUCCAGUACUCCCCGGACUGCAGGGACCUGCCCCGGGGUCCGGACGGCCUGCCCUGCGCCUGACUGGCGGUUCUGGGAGAACCGGACCGGAACACUUUGGGUCAGAGCGGAUCACCGUGGAUCCUGGUUCUGUUUGUACAUAACAUGUGCCUGUUGGCGUGUACGUGCCGGACGUGAGAGGGGAACUGUGCACGCGCAGUGGACACGCGCACGCGCACAGGAGUUGUUGAACAGUCAUGUACAUCCGGGUACUUUGUGGGGGCGGGGCUUGAGCUGCCCAAAACUUUACAGCACAAGCCGGUGUGACGUCACCGGAUGAUGUUCUUUGUUUGUUUACUUCCUGUUUGUGUGUACAGAAGAAUCACGUGAUGCUCCGUAGCGGAGCGCUUUCAGAUUCCUGACUGCUCAGGACUUUUAUUGUCUUAAUAAUAAACACUUCCUGUUUUCCAAA